GAGCGCGAGGUCAUUUAUGAGAGUCUAACCAGAUUCCGUUAUGUCCGUUACGGUUUUAUUCGCUUUAACGGGAUUAACUAAACAGAAAACGUUAACGGUUCGAAAUAAGUCUCUUCAGCGAGUGGAGUUAACGAAUUAACAUUUUCCGUCCGAGUGUGAACGAGUUUAGGACUUUAUUUUCGGUAAGUCCAGAAGCCUGGGUGACGGUUGGGAUCUGAGGGACGGUUGACAUCGACCGUUAUUUAUCGAGCCUCGCGAGCACAGGUGACGUCACACCUCGACUAAGGAGUAAAGCGCUUCUCCUCCAGCUUCUCCUCCGGUCUCUCCUCCGGUCUCUCCUGGAACUAAAGGCGAUGGAGAACGGAGAGAAGGGGAACGGAGGCUACCCGGGGGAGGUGCAGCACUCACCGGGUUCCGCUACGAUCCAGCCAGAGUCCAAGCUGCAGAAACUGAAGCGCUCUCUCUCCUUCAAAUCAGUUAUGAGGAGCAAAAGUGUGGAGAACUUCUUCCAGCGAGCCAACAUGGAAACCCUGCCCACAGAUAACAUCAUUACCAUAGAGGCCCCAUCCGUUGACAUGCAGUCGCCCAGUCAUGAAUACCAUCUCACCUUUGACAGAUCGCCGUCCAUCAGCCCGAACCCGUCUCUGUCGUCCCGUUCACCAUCGCUGAGCCCGUCCCAGUCGGUCAACUCCAAAUCCACGCCCACUCCCCACCCGCAGAGAACGCAUUGUUUCCUGGAAUACGUGUUCCGCCGACCCACUGUCUGCCAGCAAUGCAAGCAAAUAAUCACAGGGAACUCGAAGCAGGGUUUGCGAUGCAAGACAUGUAAGCUGGGAGCUCAUUUAUGGUGCUCGUCUGAACUUUCACAGCAGAUUUGCGACGGAAAGUCGGGGGCCUUCAAGAGGAACUUCAGCUCUCCUCUGCUUACUAAUGAACGGUUUGCUGUCACCAUGGAAGCCACGGCCACUCCAGAACAGGGAAGAUCUGCAGUAGAUCCCAUCUAUGAAGCUCUGCGAUAUGGAACAUCACUGGCACAAAUGAGUCGAACAAGUUUCAGCAACAUCUCGGAGUCCCCCUGUCAUCAGAGUGAUGGAGGAGACGGGAAAAUGGACAGUGAGCCCAUAGCUGAAGAAGAAUUUGCUCCUGACUCUGAAGUGGUUUCACUGGCUGAGAGUGAAAAGAGCGAGACGGAGGACAAAAUAAGUUUGAAGGCUCCGAGGCAUAUCGAGGUUCACACAAUUCACACCUAUGUAGCAUUGUUCAAAUUCCUCCCUCAAGAGACCAACGACCUGGAGCUACAGCCGGGCGAUCGCGUUCAGGUGAUGGAUGAUUCAAACGAAGACUGGUGGAAGGGAAAGAGUCGAGACAAAGUCGGCUUCUUCCCGGCUAACUUUGUGCAGAGGGUGCGCCCUGGAGAACGAGUCUGGAAGGUUACUCAGGGUUUCCACGGCAACCGUGAGAAAGGUCAGAUGACUGUAAAAGAGUUGCAGGUCUGUGUUGGAAAAGCAGACGAGAUGGACGGCUUCCUGAAACUGAGCAGCGGUAAGAAGAGAGGCCUCGUGCCUUCCGACUGUGUAGAGGAGAUAUGAAGAACUUCACACACACGCACACACACACCCCGACGGCAGGGAUACUCCCCAAAACCAACAUUGAACUUCACCUGGACCUACACACCUCUUUCCUUGCUUUAUUGUCUAGAUGAAGAAAAGCAUCUGAUUGGCUGAUUUGUUCUCCAAUCUCGAGCACAUUCAAUCAGUAGAACAAUUCAGGCUGGACUAAUUGCACUGGACGUCCCAGUCGACAUAUUUUUGCCAAUGUUCACAAAAAAACAAUAAAAAUUUAAAUUAAUUGACACAA